ACCGUGUGGAGGAAGCUUGUCUCCCGUCCGUUUCGCAACUGCCAUGUCGAUGGGAAGAGCGAAAGCAGGCCUGUCACUCUUUCACAAUCAUCUAGCAGCACCAUCACGGACGAUGACAACAGCAGCAUCAGCAAGAGACUGGACGCGAUACGUCAGAUUCUCCUCCACGCCAGGUAGCGAGGACGCAGAGUACGGUCAGCCAGUCGAUGACUCGCUCGACGUUGGCCUGGCGCUCUCUCAGGGCAAGCCGGUCGAAGUUUUUCCACUGACAGGCCGCGAUCUUCCCUUUGACGGCAAAGUGGAUCGAUCAACUACAAAGCGCAUCGGACACCUCCUCUCGCCCGUUUCGAGAUCACAGCUCGGCGGACCAAUCCGAUGUCUCGGCAUCAACUUCAGGAAGCACGUCGAGGAGGCCGGCCUGGAGCUGCCCAAGGUGCCCGUCAUGUUCAUGAAAGGCCCACACGCCCUGAGUGGACCUGGGGAUCUUUACGUUCCCAAAUUUGUCUAUGCGGCCGAGAAGCCGCAGCUUGACUUCGAAGCUGAACUGGCCGUUGUCAUCUCCCGAGACGCACGGGACGUGCCACGGGAGCAGGCGAUGGAGUAUGUCUUAGGAUUCACAUCGGCAAACGAUGUCACGGCCCGGCUCGAGCAGUUCAAGCAGAGCCAGUGGAACUUUGGAAAGGGCAUCGACAACUUUUGCCCUCUAGGACCUUGCCUGGCCUCGCCCGAUAGCUUUGACCCUUUCAGCGUCGAGUCGAAAGGGACAUUGAACGGAGAAGUGAUGCAACAGGGCAACACAAGUGAUCACAUCUUCGACGCCCGCGCCACCAUCGCGUACCUCUCCCAGGGCACGACCCUACCCAAAGGCUCAGUGAUCCUCUUGGGCACCCCUGAGGGCAUUGGCUGGUUCAGGGAGCCACAGAAGCUCAUGAAGGAAGGGGAUACCUUCACCGUCUGGCAUGCCGGGCCCAUUGGCUCCCUCAUCAACACCAUUCGAUAUGAGAAAUAAUGACG